GGGUGGCCGGCAGUGCUGGUUCACGGUAAUUCCAUUGAACCAGAUCUCAUAGAUUCUUCCUUGUCAAUUCUUUGUAUCUCCAUAUCUCCAUCUGUAAUCUUUAACAUGUCCAGACAUAGGCUUGUACGAAAUAUGAACAUCCAUGAUGAACUGGAUGAUGACGCUUUGUCCGAUGGAGGUGAUGAGCUCACUCCCGAGCAGCAUGCACAAAUGAUGUCGUGUCUCGAACAAAUUAGAGAGAUCAUCGGAAACGAAGCUGCCUCAGGUCUUGACGAUGAUAUCAUCAAAGAAAUCCUAUGGGAUCAGUACUUUAAUAUAGAGAGCAGUUUAUCGAUACUGUAUGAGGAGCAGGACCGGAGAGCGUCAGCCAAAACUCGCAAAGUGCGAUCCGUCAGUAAUGAUACCCCAUCCGAGGGUAUGGAGGGGGCCCAUGACGUACCACAAUACGUGGCUGGACCAACAGGAUACGAAUAUUAUGAUGGCGACUUGGACCGACCUCGAGUUCCCCUCAUAGUAUUGGCACAGCAAGGCCAGCAUGAGGCUUACUAUCCUGAGGAAUAUCCAGAUGAGGUCGACUCGGAUGAUAUACCAUUGGGCGUCAUGUCACGCGGCUCGAGACUCAGCACCAUUACGGAGAUUACCGAAAGGACUGAACCCUCUCGCCACUGGCCUUCAAAACAGCAACUCGUAGCUUUAAACAACCCACGUGCGUCGACUAUCAGUAACUCCACGACAUCGUACGGACAGGUCAUUGAUACUCGCGCACGCAGUCCCGUCGCGGCCGAAUACCCUGAUACGUCGAUGGACCCAAACUCCAUUCCUCCAUCCCCAUCCCCAUCUGCUGUACGACGUCUUUCCAACUACGAAGCCGCGCCAUCACUUGCUCCAUCACUAUCACAAUCCGAUCUGCGCACAGAGCUGCUUCCAACAGAGCGCGCAGUUUCACGCGCAAAAUCAGUUAUUCCUGUGCCACCCAUGGAUACGCUUCCAGAGAUUUCCGAUUUCCAGUCGAAGGCGAGCGAAAAACCGCUCCCUCCUAAACCUCCAGCUAGCAGUAAACCCUCGAAAUUAUCCAUGCUUGCGAGUUCUCGUGCAAGUACGAGGACUUCUCGCUCAUCAGAUUUGGACACGACUUCAGUACUCACAUAUCCCGCCUUGCGACCCAACGCAGAGAGCCGAUUAUCAUUCGCACCCGCUGCCGCUACAAAACGGCCAUCUACCGAGAAGACACUUCCUUCUAUAAAGGCUCCGUCUACCAAGGCUCCGUCUACCACCACUUCUUCCAUGUCUUUGCAUGUCAAACAGGCCAUCCAGACAGCUUUAGAGCUAGAAGCUCAUGAUCGUGAAAGAGCCGCCAGACUUUCGCCAAAGAGCGAGUCUAGCGUGGCGUCUAAAGCGCCAUCAGUUUGUACUAUCAAGCCAACGCUGCCACAUUCGCCACCUCGAGCUGAUCCCAGCUCAAACUUGCUUAUGCGCAUAGAGCCUGAAGCGAAGGCUCGCCCUCAGUCCAAGCUCGCAGCGCUUGCCCAAGCAAAAGCGAGUGCCAAUAGUACUAGUCUCAUGUCGAAGCUUCCGAAAUCCCCGCCUAGUUCGCCUCCGAAGGAGCUUCCUAAAUCUCACACACAAUAUUUCACGCCAAUCGCAAAUGGAGCCACAGCUACUACUGCUAUAACCACAUCCUAUCAGUCGCUCCAAAGUCUUUCCAUGCCGCAGACUCGGGAGCCUGCGACGCUAGUCCAGAUGCCUGGCGCAGAGCCCAAGCAGUCUAAAUUGGCAAAGAAGGUCAAGAAAGCGAGUGAAAAACCGCAGUCUACGCCACCCGACGACGACGAUACUUGUGUCAUCAUACCGUCUCCAUUGUUCCUAUCAAAGCCAACUAACCCUCACAAGGACACGCAUUCAGCUCACAAGUAUGGAAGGGAGGUGCCGAAACUUGUGAAGGUGUACGAGGCUGCCCAUUCACAGGGCCACUCUAGCCUCGGUCUCUCCCACUCCCAACGACACAGGUCGUCUCGUCCUAGGGCUGCACCGCCGGAGACGAAGAUACCCUUGGGAUUUGCUUUUGACGUUCCAAGCCCUGACGAUAUCGUAUUCAACGCACGUCGGGGAACUUCUCUCGCGCAGAGACGGUGAACAAGCCCGCUCGUUCCCAACUCCGUCCACGUUCCUUUCUUGUAUUUCUCUAUUUAUUCAUUUUUCUGGAGGACUCUUGUUUGUUGUAGAAUUAUUAUUAUGGGCUCUAAUGGAACUUUUUUGCUGAUCCUCACUU